AUGGCUGGUGGUAAGAAGAAGAAGAAGCCAGCUACAAAUCCAGCCAGAGGCUUUGCUACCACCUCAAUUGCCUCGAAACCCAAAAAUGAAGCAAUUGAAGCUGCGCAAGAAAAGGACAUUGCAGACGAGCCCAUCGAUACAACGGAGAGUCAACAGCUGGGAGACAACACUAGAGAAGUCGCGGGAAAUGGAACUUCGGAUCAAAAGUCGAAUCUGACACCCGAAGAGUUUGAGAAGCAACUCGAGAAUUCCGAACUCCAAAUACUCGUCGAGAAAAAUUCACAGAAGUCAAAAAGAGAUGCCCUCCGGCAAAAGACGCGAUUAGAAACCGAUCGUAGAGUUCUGCGAGGUCAAGCAGAAACUCUCAAUACAAGAAAAUGGCUCCCCCCUGAGCUUAUGGAAGAGGUUUUGGAUUUAAUAAAAAUGGAAGGACGAUUUUCUGGUCCAGCAACAGACACGACCUCGAUGAAGCAGAUAUCGGAAGAGGACCUUGCAAUUCGGCUUUGGACUUUACAACAAUCCCUUGUUGGGGUCGGGUUUGUAGCAGAUAAAGUAUUACUGGCUCUGCAGCAUGUUUUGGAUAUUUCGGAUAAGAUUGGUAGUAGCAACAAGGACACAAUUUGGGGCAUGGAAGAAUCACUGGAGUGGCUUUCCCGUGAAUGUUCAAGGGACGAAUUGCCAGACUACCAGAAUUCACAUCGCAGAUUGGCAUCUUCCCAAAAGUCUCAAAAUGGUACUCCAUUUGAUAGCCCUAUGGCCUCGGGAACUACUACACCAAGACUCGAAUCAGACAUGAGGCAUUUCCCAUCUUCAAUUCAAAAUAGCGGGAAUACCCCUCGUAACGGAAAGAAGCAAGAAAACAGUAAAAAAGCAGCCACAAUAGAUUAUGACAGUGAUAUUGAUCCGGAUGACCUCCUCCCAGUAUACCUGAAAACAAAAGAAAAGAUGUUUAUACUCCAAAGCUCAAAACCUUCCACUGAUAUUCGUUCAAAUAGCAAAAAGGGUGCCCAGAAACUACAAAACAAUGGAAGUCCUAUUGAUGCAGAGUCAGCCAGGCUGGCAAGGAAGCUUAAGAGAAUAGAGGAUGACGUCUUGUUUGACAAAUAUCUUGCAGACCAGCAAUGGAAUGCCCAAAGAAUAAGACUUGAGCGGGAUGCAGCUACCCAACGGGCCUCCGAGUUGGCUGCAUUUGAUAAGGAACCGCAGGAGUCUGAUAUUUCUGUGGACUCUGAUGAUGAAAUCAGUAGAGAAGCAGCUGCGAUUGGCAAAGCUAUGCUUGAGGAGACCGGUAGCGACGAAGAUGCGGCGCUAGCUGAUCUUUUUGCUAGCUUACCCGUCAACGAAGUGGAUCCUCUAACUGGUAAAAGCAGUACGGUGAUUAACGUAAGAUUGGUCUACACUCUCAUUUCCGAUGCCAGUUAUUCCAAUCGUCACAACCUUCGAAUCACCUGGUCAAAAUCACAGGAUCUGCUUGCAGAUACACCCCUCUCCCAAGUCGAAUAUGCUUCUAGUCCAAAAUUGCAAAGUUUUACUAUGGUUUCGGUAUCCACGCCAGAUUCUCGCCAAUCCGAAGCAUAUAUUGCCACCACUGCACUGUUUCUCAUUUUUGGAUCGUCAGCAAGGGAGGACAAAGUUUCUUUGCGUUUACCAGCAGUAUGGCGUGAUCUUUGGACUGAAUUUGCCGAGAUUAAAAAGGAGAAAUCCGAUGAAGAGGAUCGCAAUGCCAUCAAGACAUUCCGUGAUUUGGUUCGUGCAAAGCGAGAUCAAGAAUUAGAAGAUGGUGUUUUGAUACAUGGUGCCUUCCGAAAUCGAGGGGCACUCCGGACCACUGGUAACGAGGAUACUUCUAUAGACAAAGGUCUUAAAGCAGGGUUUGCUCCAGAAACAUAUCAGAGAAUAUGGGCUGAAAAAUGCUCGUCGCAAAGUUAUCAACACAUGCUCCAAUCUCGGAUGCAGCUACCUAUGUGGUCGUUCAAAGAUGAGGUCCUCGGUGCUAUAGAUCGUUCACAGGUAGUUAUUGUUUGUGGCGAGACUGGGUGUGGGAAAAGUACGCAGGUACCAGCAUUCAUUCUCGAGCACCAGUUAUCGAGAGGACAGCCUUGUAAGAUUUAUUGCACAGAGCCUCGACGUAUUUCCGCGAUCUCUCUUGCUCGACGUGUCAGUGAAGAACUUGGUGAACGCAAGAGCGACCUUGGUACACCUCGCUCACUAGUAGGGUAUGCCAUUAGACUCGAGUCCAACACAUCAAAAGAGACUCGCCUUAUCUACGCUACCACUGGAAUCGUGAUGCGAAUGCUCGAGGGGUCGAAUGAUCUCAGAGAUAUUACGCAUAUCGUCCUUGAUGAAGUCCACGAGCGUACAAUAGACAGCGAUUUUCUCCUCAUUGUCCUCCGAAAGCUGUUGGUACGCAGACCUGAUUUGAAAGUCGUUUUGAUGUCUGCAACGGUCGAUGCCGAUCGCUUUUCAAAGUAUCUAGAUGGUGCUCCGGUCUUGAACGUUCCAGGACGUACAUUCCCUGUCCAGGUCAAAUAUCUCGAAGAUGCUGUUGAACUUACAGGCUUUUCUCUUGAUAAUGGCCUGCAAGAGAAAUAUACUGACCUUGAUGACGACGUUGAACUCGCGGAUGUGAAUUCCAAUGAGACAACGAAGAAUGAAAGUACAAAGGCUUUAAGAGGAUACAGCAAUAAAACUCGUAACACUAUUGCACAGUUUGAUGAGUAUCGGAUUGAAUUUGAUCUCGUUACUCAACUGAUUGCAAAGAUCGCUUCUGACGACCGAUUGGUGAUGUAUAGCAAGGCUAUCCUCGUAUUUCUUCCAGGUAUUGCUGAGAUUCGAACUUUGAAUGACAUGCUCUGCGGACACCCAGCAUUCUCGUCCGAUUGGUAUAUAUACCCUUUACAUUCGACUAUAGCUAGUGAGGAUCAAGAAGCUGCCUUCCUUGUACCGCCACCUGGAAUAAGAAAAAUAGUUCUGGCUACCAACAUAGCUGAAACUGGUAUCACCAUUCCAGACGUCACUUGUGUAAUUGAUACUGGUAAGCAUCGCGAGAUGAGGUUUGAUGAGAGGAGACAGCUCUCUCGUUUAUUAGAAACUUUCAUUAGCAAGGCAAAUGCCAAGCAAAGAAGGGGUAGAGCUGGAAGAGUCCAGGAGGGACUGUGCUUCCAUCUUUUCACAAAAUAUAGACAUGAUGAAGUGAUGGCCGAUCAACAAACCCCAGAAUUUCUUCGUUUAUCCCUUCAAGAUCUUGCCAUUCGAGUCAAGAUUUGCAAGCUAGGAGGCAUCGAGGAGACAUUAAGCGAAGCGUUGGAUCCCCCGUCUGCUAAGAAUAUCCGACGUGCCAUUGAUGCGCUUGUAGAUGUUAGAGCACUUACUGCAGGGGAAGAUCUAACACCAUUAGGCGUUCAAUUAGCUCGGUUGCCACUCGACGUCUUCUUGGGAAAGCUUAUGCUCCUUGGUAGUGUUUUCAAAUGUCUCGAUGCAGUAGUCACAAUUGCUGCUAUUUUAUCAUCAAAGUCACCCUUCUCGGCUCCAUUUGGACAACGCCAACAAGCGGAUACUGUCAGGCUUGCCUUUAGAAGAGGUGAUUCUGAUCUUUUGACAGUUUACAAUGCAUACCUAGCCUGGAAAAAAGUUUGCAUUGCCAAUGGCUCUGAAUACCAAUUUUGUCGCAAGAACUUUCUUAGCCAGCAAACUCUAUCGAAUAUUGAAGACUUGAAAGGACAAUUGGUGGUCUGUCUUGUGGACUCGGGCUUUCUCCCACUCACAGAGGCUGAGAGGACUGCCCUAAAUAGGACACGUUAUUCGAGUCGGCGUCGACAAUUUUUUGAGAUACCCUUUCGCAUUAACGCAAACAGUGAUAAUGAUAUAAUUGUCUCGUCUGUGAUUGGCUGGAGUUUCUAUCCAAAACUUCUUAUCCGGGAUGGUAAAGGCUUCCGCAACUGCGCCAAUAAUCAAUCCAUUAGUUUACAUCCUACUUCCGUAAAUAAGGGUCAUCACGAGCUCAAAUGGCUCUCCUACUAUCAUAUCAUGCAGGCCAAGCAAUUUUACAAUGCCCAUGAAACAACCGCCGUGGAAGAAUUCUCAAUUGCCCUUCUUUGCGGAGAUGUCCGUUGUGAUAUGUACUCUGGUGUUUUCAUACUAGAUGGCAACCGAGCUCGAUUUGCCGUAUCCGACUGGAAAACCAUGCUUGCUAUUAAAACCAUGCGAGCUCGUCUACGAGAUAUACUCACCAAGUCUUUCAAGACACCGGGAAAGGCCCUCACAAUACAGCAACAAAAGUGGAUGGAUCUCUGGCAGAAGAUCUUCUCACAGGAAUUCAAAGAUAAAUAG